AUGCCUGUAAUACGUCUUACCAAACGCUCCAGCGAAGGGAGCGUGGCGCUCAUCGCCGCUGCGGUCGUCUCGUGUGUCGCGGCGGCGCUGUUGACCCUCGGUGGACUGUGGUUCUACCACCGCUGGCUGCGACGAAAGCGAGAACAAGCCGCCCUCGAAGCCCUCGACAAGGUAUCUCCCGCCUCGUCCCAGCCCUCACCCUCAAACUACCCACCCCCACCUGCCUACCCCCCGCUGCGGGCACCACGACGCGCCCGCCGCCCACUGAUCACCAAACCCAGCAUCCCCGACCUCCCCCGCAUCAGCGAGGAGCGCAUGUCCAUGGCGAGCGUGACUCCAAGUGUACAGUCCCGCCCUUCUACCUUUGUGAGCCUGGGACAGCAGGGCCAGCUAUGGAGCACCGCAGUGGCGCAGGAAAAGGAGACAGAGGAAGUCAUGGGCUCCUGA